AUGUCCGAUUGCAUGCAAUCGGACACGAGCGGGUUGAUCAAUAGUUUCAUCUGGCCCGUGUCCGAUUACAUGCAAUCGGACAUGGGCAGAUUGAUCAACAGUUUCAACCUGCUCAUGUCCGAUUGCAUGCAAUCGGACACGGACAGGUUGAUUGACAGUUUCAACCUGCCCAUGUCCGAUUGCAUGCAAUCGGACACGAGCGGGUUGAUCAAUAGUUUCAACUGGCCCGUGUCCGAUUACAUGCAAUCGGACAUGGGCAGACUGAUCAACAGUUUCAACCUGCUCAUGUCCGAUUGCAUGCAAUCGGAUACGGGCAGGUUGAUUGACAGUUUCAACCUGCCCAUGUCCGAUUGCAUGCAAUCGGACACGAGCGGGUUGAACAAGACUAUCAACUGGCCCGUGUCCAAUUACAUGCAAUCGGACAUGGGCGGAUUGAUCAACAGUUUCAACCUGCCCAUGUCCGAUUGCAUGCAAUCGGACACGAGCGGGAUGAUCAAUAGCUUCAACUGGCCCGUGUCCGAUUACAUGCAAUUGGACAUGGGCAAGUUGAAACUGUCAAUCAACCCGCUCGUGUCCGAUUACAUGCAAUUGGACAUGGGCAAGUUGAAACUGUCAAUCAACCCGCUCGUGUCCGAUUGCAUGCAAUCGGACAUGGGCCAGUUGAUCAACAGUUUCAACUAG